UAGGUAUAUUUUCAUAGACUCUUCCAGUUCAGCUUCACACUCAGUUAAAAUUUUAGCAUUUUUUGUCAUUGAUGUUAACUUUAUCGUGAACUUUAUUUAUCUAAAAAACUGUUGAAUUUGAGCGUAAAGCUAGUGAUUAUAUAGCGUAAAGCUAGUGAUUAUAUUCUCUAUGCGUAAAGCGUAGUGUUGAUUUCUUGUUUGGCGUCCGCGUAAAGACGAAGCAACAAAAACCAGUCAUGGGUCUUUUGGAACUGUGCGAAAAAUAUUAUAACACCACCAACUUGUAUGAAGUGCUACAAAUUACCGAAAAGGCCACCGAAAAAGAAGUUAAGAAAGCUUAUCACAAAUUGUCGCUAAAAGUACACCCUGACAGGGUCAAUGAAAAUGAAAAGUUGGAAGCAACUGAAAAAUUCAAAGUUCUUGGUGGAGUCCAUGCUAUCUUGAGUGACAAGGACAAAAGAUACUUGUAUGACACAGAAAAGACUGUGGAUGAAGAUGAUGAUGAUGUUUUAAAAGAGAAAGAUUGGAUGUUCUAUUGGAGAUUGAUUUUUAAAAAGGUUACUGAAGAAAGCAUUAAAGCAUAUGAAAAGGAAUAUAUUGGGUCUGAUGAAGAAAAAAAAGAUCUGAAGAACGCUUACAUUGCUGGCAAAGGAGAUAUGGACUACAUUGUGGAUCAGGUGCAGUUUGCCAGAUCUGAACAUGAACCUAGGAUUCGUGGCAUCCUUACUGAAAUGAUAGAUCAAGGUGAAAUUCCAGCUUUUAAAAUAUUUACACAUGAGCCUGCUAAGAAACGGCAACGUCGACAUGCUAAGGAAAACUUUGAGGCCAUGGAAGCAGAAGAUCUCAAGGAAUCACUAGGCUUGAAUUCUGGUGCAAAUAGUUUAGAACUAAUGAUUAAGCAAAAGCAAGAAAGUAGAGGUAAACAAAUGGAUUCAUUUCUUGAUAAUUUGGCAACUAAGUAUGGUGGAAAAUCUGAAGGUACAAAACGUAAAGCGGCUGCUAAGUCUGAAGCAACAGGGAAAAAUAAGAGAAAAAAGAAGUAAUCAUCGAAAAUAUGUUACAAAACUUUAUUGACGUCAUAAAUUGCUUGGUUCAGAGAUUCACGCGACGACGUCACGCGGUACUCGAGAGCCGGUCCUUACACGAAGAAAUAAAGAUAUUAGUAUACAAGGUGUGAGAUAAGGUCCAUGACAUCCCAAGCAAGCUGAGGUUAGGACUGCUAAGUAGAUUUACCAAAAAAAAAUUUUUUUUGUUCAUUUCCAAUAUGACCAUCUGCGAUCGGCCAUAAUCAGAUUUGGAGAGUUGUGAAAAGUUUGAAAC